CUAGGCUAUCGGGGUGGAACGGUUUUUCGUACUAUAUAAACCAUCUCGUAGCUGAUCCACGCUGUUUUGUCGGCUUUUCCGUAGCAGAAGGAGAAAGCUUUCCUUUCUUGGAAAUUAAUACAGUGCCUUGAUUUUUUUUGCCUAUGCACGUGUUUCCGUAAUUCGCUCUGAAUUUGGACUUAAUUGAACGCCGUGUCCACAAUGCUCAAAUAUUUGAUGGUGACGGCUACGUUGCUGACCUUAGGUCAGCCCGUAUCGUACUCCAAUUCAAGGCCAACACCUUUAAAUCCUAGUUUAUCAGCGGACUGUGCUCUUAUUGUGAUGUCUGAACACAAGAGAAGGUCUGAUACUUCUUUAAAUGGAAUACGCUAUUUUGCCAAUUUUAUACCAGGGCUCAAAGUUGCUGGGACUGGAGAAUAUGGAGACAUAUGCAUUACGUAUGAAGAUAUUAGUCAAGCUGCAUAUGAAGCCAGACGUAAAAUAGGGGAAGUGCCAAAAGAAAUUUAUGAGCUUUCAUCAGUAUACCCAGAAGCAGAACACAUAGCAGUGUCAGCAGAAAUCAUUCAAGAAACAACAAGGAUAUUGGCUCACAGGUUUCAACUGUCCCGUGAUACAAUCAUUCACGCACUGCCACGGAUCGACACCAGCAAGACUUCCAUCAAAGAAAUUUGUCCUACAUUUCUGAAGCCCGUCAAGUGCGAGCUCUCUCGCUACAGGACGCUGACUGGCAUGUGCAACAAUCUGGAACAUCCAUCUUGGGGUAGCGCACGCUCUGCAAUGGUGCGGUACCUACCCCCGGAAUACGCAGAUGCGAUACAGGAGCCCCGUAAAUCUGUGGAUGGCAGUGAUCUUCCCAGUGCUCGUAUAGUCAGUUUCAUGAUGCACCACGAUGUCAGCGAACAUCAUUCCCAUAUCAACAUUCUUCUAGUAUUUUGGGGACAAAUGACAGAUCACGACAUGACACUUGCAGCACAAACUGUAGAUCAUGAGAAACAAGAUAUCGAGUGUUGCAAGUUUCCUCCUGAACAUCAACAUCCUAACUGCAUGAACAUUAAAGUCCCUCAUGAUGAUCCUUUUUACAAAUAUUUCAAACGCCAAUGUUUAGACUUCGCUCGUAUAUACCCAGGACCGAAACCUGGCUGCAAAUUAGGUCCUCGUUUCCAAAUUAACACUAUAUCUUCUUACAUUGAUGGAAAUUUUGUUUAUGGAAGCACUCAAGAUGUUGCUAGCAGAUUAAGAGAAUUUCAUGGAGGUCGACUUAAAACAAAUCAGGUUUAUGCCGAACUUGGACUCAAAGAUUUGCUUCCAAUGAAAAUGGUCGAAAAGGAUGUAGGUUGCAUGGCUAGGCCAAGAAAUGUGUAUUGUUUUGAUGCAGGUGAUGAAAGAGUGAAUGAACAAUUGAUGCUGACUGUCAUGCACACCAUGAUGAUGAGAGAACACAACCGGGUAGCAGAUAUUUUAUCGCAUGUAAAUCCUCACUGGGAUGAUGAGACGAUAUAUCAAGAAGCUCGUCAUAUCGUAGCAGCGGAAAUUCAACAUAUCACUUACAGCCAGUUUCUUCCUAUGGUGAUUGGAAAACAAACUGUUAUGAAGUACGGCAUAGAGCCCCUCAAACACGGUUACUUUGAUGGUUAUAGUCCCAAAGUGAAUGCUGGAAUCAGAGCUGCUUUUCAGUCAGCUGCAUUUCGGUUUGGUCACAGUUUGCUGCCUGAUGUCAUUGAAAGAUACAACAAGUUCCAUGAAAAAAUAGAUUCCCUUCGAGUGUCAACAGUUCUCCGACAACCUUUCAAUCUUUAUAAACCAGGAAUUGUGGAUACUUUCCUUCUUGGACUCAUAAACCAGAAGGCAAAUGCUAUGGACCCCGAAGUAACAACAGAAGUAACAAAUCAUCUUUUUGAGAAACCAGGAGAAGGCUUUGGUAUGGACUUAGCUGCAAUGAAUGUCCAAAGGGCAAGAGAGCAUGGUGUUCCAGGUUACAUCAAGUACAGAGAGUACUGUGGUAUGCCAAGGGUUCGAAACUUCUGGGAUUUGAUAGGUAUUUUACCUAACAAAACAGUUCAUCGUUAUUCACAAAUUUACAGGCACGUCGAAGAUAUAGACUUGUGGAGUGCGGCCAUUUCAGAAUAUGCUUUGCCUGGUGCUAUUCUUGGCCCAACGUUGUCUUGCCUGAUAGCUGAACAAUUUGCAAAUCUUCGAAGAGGAGAUCGAUUUUGGUACGAAAAUUCUGGUUGGCCAUCGUCAUUCACGCCAGAACAAUUAGAUGAGAUACGGAAAGUGACAGUUGGAAGAAUUGUCUGUGAUAAUUCGGAUGACAUCGCUACAGUGCCUCUGAAUACAUUUAUGCAGGGAGAUCCUAUGAGAAACCCGUUUGUGGAAUGCAACAGUCAUCACUUCCCACACAUGGAUUUGACAAAGUGGCGAGACACCAGCUAUGAUAAAAAAUAAAUUUAAUGUAGGAUGUGGUGCUUUUUUUCAACUAAAUCACUUCCGGUGAUCAACCCAAAUCCCAGUGCAACACGGAUACAGGGGUAUUGUAUAUAGAAUUAUUUAAUGAUUUUCCGGAUGUGAAGUUAUUUAUCUCAUGCCAAGACUCUCAAGUGAUCUGCCACUGAAUUUCUGACUUUGAUUUCAUGAUACAUUCCGAGAUGAACUUGCAUAAUCGAACUCAACAUGAUAUUGUUCAAAAGACAUGGCAUUUUAUGACCAUAUCAAGAAGCAAACAUACUAGGAGCUAGCUAUUUAAACAAUUAUUAAGAGGCUAACUUUUAUUGGAGCUAUUCUAUUUAUCUGAAUUUAGAAAUAUUUUGUAAAACAACUGCAAGUCCUGUUUCACACAUUUUGCAUAAAAUUAUGUAUAUGAGAAGUUAUUGUGAAAUAUAUCUUCAGUCAAUAGAUUGAUAAUGCAACCAUUAAAUUUUUGUAAAAAAGAUGAAAAAACAAACGAAAAAGGAUUUUGAUUAUCAAUCAUGAAACGUCCAUGACUGAAUCUUCCAUCUUGAAAGCAAUAUUUAGUAAAUAAUAUUUAACUAAACAUUGAAAUUUGGAACAUCAUCGGUUCAUUUCAUUCUGUCUGUUUCGUAAGCUAAUUUACCGUACCAUGGUAUUAAUAUGACACGGUUUAGAAUUUUAUUACUAAGUAUGUUAAACAUAACUACGGCAAAAAAAUGAAUAUUAUUCGAUAAACUCGAUACAAUAGCUUUUGUUUUUAUAAAAAAAAAUAUCAUUGCAUGUUAAUUCAUCUUAAGCCAACGCUUUAUCAAAAAUUUUCAUAAAUAAUCACCAGCACUAAAUGAUUUUGAAAUCGAAUUUAAUUGCAUCUGUUAACACAGAACUUUACUUCAAAAUCAAGAAGGAGUUUGAAACCUUUGUUAUGAUAUCGAAGGUAAUAGUUGUCAAUCAACUCAGGGUGAAAGUUCGUCGUGAAGUGCAACCCCGAGGAAAUGGAAGGAGGUACUCUGGACCUCUGCGUGUACAGCAGUGCCAUAAUGGUCAACUUUGGAGUCAACAGAAAUGCCGCUCAAAUGCAUUGUUUUGUCUUCUAAGAGAAUAGCUGUUCUUUUGUGAAGUCUGUAAUUAAUACCAAUUUGUACAAAAAUAAAUAUGUCAACAUACUU